CUCCAUCUUCUCUCUGUUCCGUUCGUUCUCCCACGGCCACGGCCUCACCUUUACCCUCUGGGCCGAUCUGCCAUCGCCGCCCAUCGAUCUGCAGCUUCGCCCGCGCCGCCGGCGAGAGGGCGCCCCGAGGGCACGGUGGUGGGCGGCCUCCUCCUCCCCUUCCCCUCGCCUCCGCUCGAGCCUCCUCCCCCCUGUGAGGCGUCGUCGGCGUAGUCGCGCGCGCGGCCGGGCGAGAGGGGCGAGGCGGGCCGGCCUCCUUACACCCCGAAUCCGUCGCCGUGCGGAUCGAAUUGAAGGCGGGGGACGUUUAUCUUCACGUGAGGAUCAAUGUCCAAUUAUCACGAAGACCACAUUGAAGAGAUGGAGGAUGAUUAUGACAUGGACGACACUGCUGAUGACAUGGGCGAAGAGAACUAUGAGCGAGGGAUGAGGGAUUCGGAUUCAGAGGAUGAAGAGCAUGGCCAGUCGAAUGAUAAGAUCCCAGAUACCUCAUCAGUUGAUGCAAGAAAAGGAAAGGAUAUUCAAGGAAUACCAUGGGAGAAGCUAGCGAUCACACGUGAUAAAUACAGACAGACCAGAUUAGAUCAGUACAAGAAUUAUGAGAACAUGCCUAAUUCUGGAGAAGCAGCCGCAAAGGAAUGCAAACCGACUGAAAAAGGCGGGAUGUAUUAUGAAUUUAGGCGAAAUACUAGAUCAGUAAAAUCAACUAUACUACAUUUUCAGCUGAGAAAUUUAGUAUGGGCGACAUCCAAGCACGAUGUCUAUUUAAUGUCACAUUUCUCUGUUCUUCAUUGGUCGGCACUGAGUGGUCUUGAUACCGAGCUUAUGAAUGUCCAAGGACAUGUGGCACCCAGGGAGAAGCACCCUGGAAGUUUACUUGAGGGUUUUUCUGGGACCCAAGUUAGUACCUUGUCAGUCAAGGACAAUUUGCUGGUAGCUGGUGGGUUUCAAGGAGAGCUAAUCUGCAAGCACCUUGAUCGAGAAGGAAUUAGCUUUUGCUGUCGAACUACAUAUGAUGAAAACGCUAUUACUAAUGCUGUUGAGAUAUUCAAUACUACCAGUGGUGCUGUUCACUUCAUGGCAUCGAAUAAUGACUCUGGUGUAAGAGACUAUGAUAUGGAGAGGUUUCAGCUCUACAAGCAUUUUCAGUUUGAAUGGCCAGUGAAUCAUACAGCAUUGAGUCCUGACAGAAAGCUUGCUGUUAUUGUGGGGGAUGAUCCUAAUGGUUUACUAAUUGACGCCAAUUCAGGAAAGACUCUUCAUUCCUUGAAAGGUCACUUUGAUUACUCGUUUGCAUCAGCUUGGAGCCCAGAUGGCAGAACAUUUGCUACUGGCAACCAAGAUAAGACAUGCCGGAUUUGGGAUGCGCGGAAUCUCUCUAAAUCCCUCCAUGUUUUGAGGGGUAACCUUGGAGCCAUAAGAUCAAUCCGCUUCACGUCAGAUGGGCAGUUCAUGUCGAUGGCAGAACCAGCGGACUUUGUCCACGUCUUCGAUGUCGGGAGUGAUUACACCAGAAGGCAAGAGCUGGACUUCUUUGGUGAGAUAUCUGGCAUGUCUUUCAGCCCGGACACCGACAUGCUUUUUGUCGGUGUGUGGGAUAGAACAUACGGCAGCCUCCUCCAGUUUGGCCGUCUGUAUAAUCACUCGUAUCUUGACUCGCUGUGUUGAGGUGAGGAACACAAAGCAGACGUUGGGCGCGCUGUGCCUCAGCUGUGCACCCUGUGCUGAAUCUUGUCAUCAUACAUUAGGUAUCCCAAAUCAGAAUUUGAAGUCGUUUACCCGAUAAUUCAAUUAAUAAAACUUGUACCCUUCUGUAUGUGUAUAUAAAGAAUGUACAGAGAUGCCUAUAGCCUGUACCAGGGUAGUGCGCCAAAUCAUGUGUUAGGUUGCAGUGAGAAAUGUGAUGUGAACCUUAAGAUCGAUGAUGCUGUAACCGGAACUGCAUCAUCUGUCUAUCUAUCAACCGAAGCCAAGUUUCUUGGUGUUUUCUGGGUGGAA